AUGCCGGAAGAAAUCAAGGGCGUCCGCUCCAAUUCCGAGCACAAUGCCGACACAUCCGCCCCUCUCCAACAAUCCCCCACCCACGAUCGCAGAAUAACUUUCGAACACGGACGAAGCCCUACCGAACGCGAUGAGAGCGCCGCCUAUUACGACUCGCGGGCAGCGACACAGUCUGAAUUCCAGCGGCGCGCCAGCACGCUGCAGAAAUACUACUGCGAGCACCCCCAGCUCCUCCCGCAGCUCCCCUUCACCUUCCACCACGGCUUCAAGCGAUGGAAACUCGGCGGCUACAUCGCCCUGAUGGUCUUUGACGCCUGCGUCGUCCCGAUCCUGCUGUACUACGCCAUGACAUUUGGCGGCAACGUGGAAGGAUUCAUCACCUUUUCCGUGGUCACGGCGAUUUGGGGCGGGCCCACCUAUGUCGAAUUUGCAAUCAGGAGUCUCCGCUUGAUCAAACAGCAGAGGUUCUACAAGCCCCUGGGGGUUGACAAGCGUUGGGCGUUUGAUAUCACGAAUUGGAUCAUGGUGCUUACAAUCGCUGUGGUGACAACAUUGCUUAUUAUAGGUGCAGUGCCGCACGAUGUGUUUCUGCGCGUGCUUAGUAUGCCCGGCCCUGCUAUCCUUUUCUGUAUAGCUGGACCAGUGUUUUUGAUGAGCCUAUAUAAUCAUCUUGGGUGGAGGGCGCCAUUCCGCAUCAGCUCCACGCCGAAGGGGGAGCUGGUGCAUCCGGGUAUCUUUUACAUCGUGGAGGAUAUCGUAGCUGUGAAUUCUGGGGGCGGCAGGCCGUUUCGAGAGGGAAUGGAUGCGCGCUAUAGAGCGAGUCCGAUUUUCAGGAAGUUAAUUCGGGAUUUGAGCUGGUUUUGGAGUAUCCCAGGAUUGAUCAUGGCGAGUGCGUCGACGGUGGUUGUGGUUAUCAAUCAGGUGCCGGAGGAGGUUUCGUAUGGAAUUGGCUGGGGUGUGCCAUUCCUCUGGGCUAUAAUCUGGGCAGUGAUCACAGUCCCAUGGGUGCGCAAAGUUAUGGCAAGGGAACGCUCAAGCUGGGAAACUGAGACCAAGAUGAUGACGAGCACGAUGUCGAAACCGCCUUCGCUACACGAUAUGGAGGACUCAGAGCAGAAGCCACGGACUUCGAUUCCUGCCAAGGAAGGCACGGAGACGACGCUGGUGUAG